UGAUAUUUAUUUUUUGCCGUGAUUGAAAAAGCGGAAGCAGAAUCUGUCAUCCUGCAUGACGCUUUUAUUUUGAAACGUGUAACCGGAAGCUGCAGCGGCUGUCCUUGUGUGUAGCUUGACUUGUUGAGCGCAGAGCGGAGUUUCUCCUCCCAGAGCUGCCAGUCCGACCGAGAGCCGCUCCGGACUUUACUGUUACAGAAACCUGCAGGGACCGGAACACAGACCAGAAACCAGCCCGGAUCAGACCAGAAACCAGCCCGGAUCAGAACGGAGACCAGCUCGGAUCAGACCAGAAACCAGCCCGGAUCAGACCAGAAACCAGCCCGGAUCAGAACGGAGACCAGCUCGGAUCAGACCAGAAACCAGCCCGGAUCAGACCAGAAACCAGCCCGGAUCAGAACGGAGACCAGCUCGGAUCAGAGAUGGACAGCUGUAGUCGGCGCCUGCUGUAGGGCUGUGAUGGCCGCGGUGUUUCCUGAAUGUGGAGGAGACGACGUCAGAUCCGGACUCCAUGUUGGUUGUCAUGGCCUCGCUGGAUGGAAGCACGCCGGUUGAGACGCUUCUGAUAGCGAUACACCUGGAGAGGUACCUGGACAGCUUCCGUCAAGCUGGCCUACUAUUGGCCAGAGACUUCACACACCUGGAUCAUGACGCCUUGGUCAGCCUGGGUAUAACCGCCACAGGACAUAGGAAGAGAAUCCUACGAUUGGUCAGUCACAUUCAGAGGAUAGAGGGUCAAAGAGCCAAUCAGAAAGCUGAUCCCCCACGUGGCCGUUGUCAGUCUGUGACAGACAUUUCUUCGUCAAAGCGAGGUCACGGCGCUGCGUUGCCCCGACAGUCGGGACCCGUUAACUUUGAGGCGUCAAGGAACAGCUCGGCUCCGGACCUCGCCGCCAUGCUGACCAACUCUGACAGCAGCAGACCCGUAGUGAAGCCGGUUCCCAAACCCAGAACUGUCUUCAAUCGCCGCAGGACAGCACCCAUCCACUUCUGUCCAACCCCAGACCCUGCACCGCCCCUACCCAGGAGGCUUUCCCAGGAGUCCAUCUGUUUUACUGUGUUAGAGGGUUUGACCUCAGGGGACACGCCCACACCUGAUUACAGGUUGACCUCUGACCCCAACGACAAGUCGACCACACCCAGCCGAAGAGCGAGCCAGACGGAGAGGAGGCGGCCCAGUCGUAGCCUGUCUCUGUCAGACGCUGGAGGGGUUUUGCCUCCUGUUCCCCCGAGGCUGAACCGUGGGGUCCCUCCCGCCAUGUUCCAGGGGUCCCCGCCCUCUUCUUCUUCUUCCUCACCUGUGCGGACAGAGCUGACUUCUAUUCCUGGGGGUCUUGACAACAGCAGGCUCCCUGGAUUCUCACCGUCCGGUUCACCAGGUGGCGGUGGGAUGGAAAUGGUCUCUAAUGAGAUCUACUGGGGCACUUUACCUGGUUCUACUGUCCCCAUUGGGGGGAGGAGUUACUGCAGCCAGCAGUCAGCUCCUCCCACUCCACCCAGACAAACACCUGACAGGAACCCUGAGAGGAACAGUGGCAGCACUUUAAGUAACAACUCCUCAGGAUCAGCCAGAGCUUCGACAGAAGACCCCGAGGAGGAGAUCAGCCCGUACUGUGAAACUGUUUUCCAGACCAGAAGAAAUCUGCACACGUUUGAGAGUGAUAGAAACAGACUGGAGGAACGAGAGACGAGGAGAGGGGAGGAGAAACACGCAGAGGAUCAUGGCUUCCAGAAGUUCUCCUGGACGAAGCGUUUGUCUCAGGCUCUUCACUCCGGAGACUCUCAGGGUUACAGCACCGUCGGAGAACCUUCACCCCCCAUCCGCUACCUCUCCCUGCCCCCCCACGCCUUCCCCCCAGAGACCGACGAGGACCUGACCAUCUCCCCCUACGCCAGCUACACCUCACUGACCGAGAGAGCCCCGCCCAUCAUCAGCGGCUGGCUGGACAAGCUGUCUCCACAGGGGAACUAUGUUUUCCAGAAGCGCUACGUGAAGUUUGACGGCAAAAACCUGAUGUACUUCGGCAGCGAGAAGGACGUCUACCCUAAAGGAGUGAUCCCACUGGCUGCCAUCCAGAUGGCCCGCCCAGCAAAAGACAAUAAAUUUGAAAUUGUGACGACUCAGAGGAUCUUUGUGUUCAGGACUGAUAAUGAAGUGCUGAGGCGGCGAUGGGUCUGCACGCUGCAGGAACAUGUCAGAGAUCAGCUGGUGUUCGGUCGGCAGCGCUUCGGCCCCGGAUCACACUGUCAGAAACAUGGCGUGCUGGAGCUGAAAGGGACCAAGUCCAAAGUGUACGCCGCCAUCCACACGGAGCAGAUCUGGCUCUACAAGAGUGAACAGUGUUUUCGUAACGGGAUCGGCAUCACGUUGAUCGAAGCUCGAGGAGCGACGAUCAGAGACGGAAAACACAAGAGCUUUGACCUCAUCACGCCGUACAAAACCUUCAGCUUUACGGCGGAUUCGGACCGCGAGAAGCGAGACUGGAUGGAGGCGCUGCAGGAGUCGAUUGCGGAGACUCUGUCAGACUACGAGGUGGCCGAGAAGAUCUGGUCCAACCGGUCCAACAGGAUGUGUGCCGACUGCAAGGCCCUGAACCCCGACUGGGCCUCCAUCAACCUCUGUGUGGUCAUCUGCAAGAACUGUGCAGGGCAGCACAGAGGUCUGGGGACGAUGGUCUCCAAGGUUCAGAGUCUGAAACUGGACACCAGCGUGUGGAGCAACGAGAUAGUCCAGCUGUUCAUCAUGCUGGGGAACGACCGGGCCAACGACUUCUGGGGGGCUCGGCUGUCUGCGUCGGCGGAGCUGGACUGUGACGCCUCGCCUGAGCAGAGAAGAGAGUUCAUCACCCAGAAGUACAAAGAGGGACGAUACCGCCUCAGCCACCCAGCGUUCAACAGCCAGGAGGAGCUGCUGAAGGUCUUGUGUUCGGCGGUCUCUGAACAGACUCUUCUGAAAACGGUCACUCAGAUUUUCUCAGAGGCGGAGUCAGCUCGCCUCGCCAACGGCGGCCAACAACUUCACUGCACCAUAUCAGACCCCAGCGUGUACGAUGAGAUCAUGCAGCCCGUCCUGCACUCUGGUUACCUCUACAAGUCCAGCACCGUCCACAGAGGAACCCUGUCCAGGAAGACACGAGAAGACUUCCAGAAGUUCUGGUGUUCGGUGGAUCGGUCUCUGCUCUUCUACGAGUCGGAUCGAUCAGCUGAUCCCUGCAUGCAGAUCAGCGUUAAAGACAUCGUGUGUUUGGGGAUCAGUCGACCCGACUCCUCCAACAACAACAACGGCUUCAUCGACAGGUUUCGUUACACCUUCGAGUUGUAUUUGACUUCAGAGAAACUUUAUCAGUUUGGUUUGGAGACGGCCGACGCUCUGCACAGCUGGACCAAAGCCAUCGGGAAGGCCGCGACCCCCCUCAGCUGUCACUGCCUGCUGACUCGGGAGUUUGAGCGGGUCGGCCUGCUGCGGUACCGAGCCAUGUUGGACCCUCAGCAGUGGAAGGAGGCCUACUUUGUCCUGCAGAAGUCCAACCUCUUCAUCUGUCCCCAAAAGGACGGAGCAGCGGAGGACAUCAUCAACCUGAACCGUCUGCAGGAGCUCAGUAUCACCUCCGAGACCGAGAACCACGAGAAGAAAGACAUCCUGGUUUUAGUAGAGAAGGGCAGGACUCUCCACCUGCAGGGGGUCGGCCGGAUGGAUUUCUCUCUGUGGUACUCGGACAUCCAGCGAGCGGCCGGCGGUAAAGGAAACACUCUGAGGGAGCAGCAGCUGAGCAGAAACGACAUCCCCAUCAUCGUGGACAGCUGCAUCGCCUUCAUCACCCAGUACGGUCUGGGCCACGAGGGGAUCUACAGGAAGAACGGGGCCAAAUCCAGGAUCAAGCUGCUGAUGGAAGAGUUCCGUAAAGACGCUCGAAACGUCAAACUGCGGAUCGGAGACCAUUUCAUCGAGGACGUGACGGACGUCCUGAAGAGGUUCUUCAGAGAGAUUGACGACCCCAUCUUCAUGGCCGACCUCCACCCGCUGUGGCAGGAAGCCGCCAAAAUCCCCCAGAAGAGUCAGAGGCUGGACCGCUACAAAGAGAUCAUCCGGAGUCUUCCUCGAGUCAACAGGACCACUCUGGCUGCUCUCAUCAGUCACCUGUACAGGGUCCAGAAGUGUGCAGACCUGAACCAGAUGUGCACUAAGAACCUGUCUCUGCUGUUCGCUCCCAGCCUGUUCCAGACGGACGGUAAAGGAGAGCACGAGGUGAAGAUCGUGGAGGAUCUGAUAGACAACUACCUGCACAUCUUCGACAUCGACGAGGAGCAUCAGACUCAGAUCGAGCUGGAGAUCAGCCUCAUCACCACCUGGAAGGACACUCAGCUGUCUCAGGCCGGAGAUCUGAUCAUCGAGGUCUACCUGGAGCUGAAGAUCCCCGACUGCUGCGUCACUCUCAAGGUGUCUCCCACCAUGUGUGCUGAGGAGCUGACCAACCAGGUUCUGUUCAUGAGGAACGUCCCGGCCGGAGACAAAGACGUCUGGAUGACGUUUGAGGCCAUCGAGGACGGACAGCUGGAGCGUCCGCUACACCCCAAAGAGAAGGUCCUGGAGCAGGCCCUGCAGUGGUGCAAGAUGGCCGACCCGAGCUCAGCCUACCUGGUGGUGAAGAGAGUUCCUAGAGGAGAAGGCAUCAACAUCCUCACCUCCUAUAAGAGCGAGAUCAUGAAGAUCGGUCUGCUGAGGUGUCGUGAGGAACCUCCGAAGCUUCUUCAGGGAAACAAGUUCCAGGAGAGAACGUUCCAGAUCAAAGACCACAAACUGCUGCUGCUCAAAGACAAGAAGAGCAUCAAACCGGAGAAGGAGUGGUCUCUGAAGUCCAUGAAGAUCUACAUCGGCAUCCGCAGGAAACUGAAAGCUCCGACCAGGUGGGGAUUCACAGUGAUGUCAGACAAACACCAGCUGUUUCUGUGCUGCAGCUGUGAGGCCGAGCUGUGGGACUGGAUCACCGGCUUCCUCAAAGCUCAGAACGACGACCCGGGCCCUCCGGUGCUGAGGCGCCACUCCUCGUCAGAUAUCUCCAAGCAGAAGUUCGGCACGAUGCCGCUCGUCCCCAUCAGAGGAGACGAGAGCAACAGCAGCAUGCUGUCGGCCAAUCAGACGCUGAGGAAGUUACACGACAGAAGAACUCUCUCCAUGUACUUUCCCAUGAAGGUCCAGCAGGACUCGUUCGAGGAGCGCUCGGAGUCUCCGGACCUCCCGGAGCCGCUCUACGAGGAGGUCGGGGACUUCGGCCUGCAGGUCCUAAAAUCUCUGGAGACCAGUUUCCUGUCCAGCAGCGCCGAGGAGACCCACGAGGUCCCGGACCGCCUGCCGCUCAGACUGGUCGCCAUGGAACACGUGAUCGUCCCCGACCCGGUCGGCGGCGCCGGCGGCUCUGUGGAAACGCUGGAGCAGAGCGGCGGUAGCAGUGGAGGAGGUGACGAAGCGGACUGCAGCUCUCCGGACUUGAACGCCCCCCGACAGCCUGCGCCGAGGAGGAGGCAGCAGCUGCAGGUCUGCACGCCGUCACAGGAACUGCUGCUGCAGGAGCUGUCGUCUGCUUUCACCAAGAAGACUGAGGAGGAGGAGCAGGAGCAGGAGGAGCAGGAGAGGCCGUAUGAUGUCUGAGAGAAAAGAAGGUCUCAUCACAGCUCAGCUGAAUCUGUGAUGUUUCUACAGAGUCUGUUUUACUUUAAUCUCACACGCCAUCAUCAGCCCCUUUAGAGAACCUCUGACAGAACGAGGCAGGAGCACAGACAGGAAAAGAAAACUUAAACCCUCCAGUACUUCAAAACCAGCCGCUGAGUCACUCUGAAGAAACUGCAGGUCCCAGAUCAUCAACUGCAGGAACGCUUCAGGGCCCACAGAUCCCCGUUGGUGCCCUGCCCUCCGUUGGUGCCCUGCCCUCCCGGCAGUGAGCUGCACCGGGAUGGAGCGGCGUUCACUGUGAUUGGCUGAGAGGUCACCUGACUCAUUCUUCUUCGUUCUUUGUCCUUGUUAAAGCCUACUUUACCCACAGUGCACCUGUGAGAUUGGGGUGAGCUGACGGUGCAUUCAGGUGCCCCUCGGACGGUCCCGUCUCCCGAGUUGUGAAGUCCUUCUUCCCCUUCGGUGUGUUCAAGCGUCAGAAUGUGGAGACGACAUGGACGCUGGGACGCAGCUUGUCGGACUGAUGCUGAAACAGUUUAAAUUACAAAGUCACUUCUGUCCCGGAGUCGAUCACCUGAAACCACUAAAGCACUGCUAAUAAAUAAGUUUCCUGAUUAAUCUGUCGCUCCACGCGAACAGCAAACUAACCGUUAUCACCUAAUACCAAACUGAAAAUGACACAUGAGCAAAAAAGUUAUUUGCUCACCGUUAUUCAAACCUUCACGUCGAUAUUCCCAGUCUGGAAAUCGUUUUUUCCCAUUAUUCCGACUCCACGUCAAUGUCACUUCUUUAAACUGCAAACAGGAAGCGAUGUCACAGGCGUGGUCAGGCGAAGUCUGCGGCAUGAGCGUGACCACGUGAUACAUGUGAAGCCACGUGAGGACAUGUCUGUAUAUCAGUAUUUUAUAUAAACUUGAUGUAAUCUGCAGUCAACCUGCUGACGGGGGGACAAACUGGUUCCACUGGUUUUAAUGGUGAAUCACUGGAAAGAGCCGGAGUUAAAACACUGGACGUAUAAAAGUUGUGUUGCUGAACUGCAGCUGUAUUUUAACACUGGUGCAGUUUAAUGAGCCAGAACGCAGAACCCUCCGUGGAUUUUAUUUCUGGCAUUAUUUUACAGCCUCUUUAUAUUUAACUUAUGAAAACAUAAAGGUUCCUUUUUUAUUGUCAGCUGAAACUGUGACAGGUGAGGUUCUCUGAGGGACCAGCAGGGGGCAGCAGAGCUCUGCUCCUCCUGCGCCACACACAAGAACUAAAGACGGAAGAAGCGUCCUGAGUGUCCAGCUGUCCUCCCAUCACAGCCUGACUGGUCCCAUCACAGCCUGACUGGUCCCAUCACAGCCUGACUGGUCCCAGUCUGCCUGACUGGGACCAGUCAGGCUGACUGCGCUCACACUGGUCUGUCCUGCAGAUGUGUCUGUAUAUUCAGCAUCUGGUGACGUUCUUCUGUAAAACUGUUCCUCCUGAUUGUUCUGGAAACGUUCCUGAAGGAAGAAAUUAAAAGAUCUUUGCUUUCAAAGUG